AUGGACCUUGUUCGGAAGGAGCAUGAACGGCUCGCUAAGAGGCUUAAGGCUUCUCAGAAUAUUAAAAAUGUGCAAGACACGAUCGAUCUACUUCAAGCAGCGCGGGACUCGAUCGCCUCUGAUCCAGAUCAAGCAUCCAUAACCCUAGCAAAGCUCCAGACUUCCGUCAAGUCAUCAUUCGACUCGAUCAAUGACAGCCUCAAGGAACACCACAGCGGUCUGAACAAGUACAGCAAAGCACUAGAUAAGCUCUUCAAAGACAAACCACUUCCGAGUACCGAGCACGAUGCUUUAUCGUCUCAAGAGCAUCUCAUCAACCGCGCAAUUGCGAUGCACCUGUUACGAGAGGGACAGUUCUCUGUAGCCGCAGCAUUCCUUUCCGAAAUAGCCGAAACGAAAGCUUCGAGGCAAGAGAACGAUAUGGAUACGGAUGGCCCAGACGACGCCACGACUCUUCUCGAUAUCGACGAAGUUCCUUCGAGCGAAGUGCGGAAACAAUUCGCCACGAUGUAUUACAUACUACAUGAGAUGAAGGAGAACAACAACUUGCUUCCGGCUAUUCAGUGGUCAAGGGACAACAAAGAAGCUCUGGAGGCAAGAGGCAGUAAUCUUGAAUUCGAACUGUGCCGGUUACAGUUCGUCUGGCUCUUUCAUGGCGGACAAGGCCCUGUUGUCGCGGGUCCACAAGCUGCAUUGGAGUACGCCAGGCGUGAAUUCCAUCUUUUUCUCCCCAGGUACUUGGUGGAGAUUCAGCAGCUGAUGGGGGCGAUGGCCUUUUCUCCAAACCUCCAAGAGUCGCCUUAUCGAACUAUUUUCGACAAUCCGUCGGCAUGGUCUGAUGUGGCGCAGUCUUUCACUCGGGAGUUCUGCUCACUGCUGGGUUUAUCUGCCGAUUCACCAUUAUACAUAGCAGCUACUGCUGGUGCGAUAGCGCUACCCACUUUGUUGAAAUUGCAGACAAUUAUGAAAGCAAAGAGGACAGAGUGGACCACACAAAACGAACUUCCGUACUCCAUCGCGACGGCUCGAAAGACGCCAAAGACCCGACAGCUCCCCAGACAAGAAGUAAGACCACCAUCCUUUCCAUCGCGCAAAUCGUCGCGCAGGCGGUUGAAUGCUAACGAACGACAACCUCCCGCCGCCAGCUCGUCGAGUACAUCGAUAGUCACCAUCUCCGUUGGCCCAGAACAGCGCCUCUUCGCCGCCCACGAGGACACCCUCUGCACAUCCCCUUUCUUCGCAGCCGCCUGCUGCCGGGCGCACUCGCCAGAAUUGCCUCACAAGCGCAUCACCCUGCCCGAUGAACAGCCCGAGAUCCUAUCGUGCAUUCUCGAAUACCUCUACAAGGGCGACUACACGCCCCGGGCCAUCUACAACAGGCACCGCGAUACGUGGGAGCUCGAGAACACCGGCUUCGACACAGACGGACAAACCACCAAUGCGACCAUUUUCCACCAGGCAACUGGUUCGGUGAUCCUGAGGGAUACAGCCGUUUACUGUGCAGCGCAAAAGUACGGUCUCGAGCCCCUGAAACGCCUUGCCUUACGGAAACAGGGUCUCCACUCCGGUAUCCAGUGCAGUACCAUCCUGACCAGUGCUCGCUACGCCUACGCCAACACCUCAGAUAACGAGUCCAAACUGCGCGCUCAUUAUCUGGCGCUGAUUAUCCGGAGCCGGUCGACGUUCAAGCGGAGCGGGACCAUGCAAAUGGAGAUGGAGAAGGGAGGAAAGUUAUUCUUCGAUUUGUUUGUCGCGAUGUGCAAUCAUAUGGAUGACCUCACAUCCACUGCUCAAUCUUCUCUUGCUUAG